AUGGAGUCCGAAAGACUUCGUUUUGAACCCAAAGAAUUUCUUCCAGAGCGCGCAUCCGGUUCUGGUCAAAAUUCUUACCUAACUCAAGAGUUCUACGUGAUCCAGGGUCCAGAGAAUGUCAAAGCCCUCUUUAAGAGCUCAUCAGUGUGUACAUCAAUUCCCUUCGUCAAGUUCGCUCUUGGGUAUGCUUUUGGCAUGCCAGCUAAGGCCCUGAAUUUAUACGACAAGGACAACUCCGGCGGUGGCCAUGUACCUCAUCCAGGCAGUAAGGUGGAGGCUCGCAACCGUAUUGACUACUCGCGGCAUCAGUCUAUAAUUCAAUUCCUUGAAGGUAAAAAACUUCUGCCUUUCUGGAACAGGUUUGCAGACGACAUCACACAUCAGUUGUAUAGUUUUCAUGACCGCAUAGGGUCUGACUGGAAAUAUAGCGCUGAUCUGAUGAAGACCAUUGGAGAUGAAGUAACAGCUUCAACUAUUAAUGCUCUUUGCGGCCCAUAUCUCCUGAGGCUGAAUCCAAAUUUCCUGCAGGACUUCUGGGACUUCGACCGCAACUUACAGACUUAUCUCCAAGGGAUACCUUGGUUUCUUGCGCCAAAGGCUCACACGGCUCGAAAGAGGGUUCUGAACGCUGUUAAAAUUUGGGAGCAGCACGCAAGGGAUCACUACGACGACUCCACUAUGGGUACUGACGGUGACGAUCCAUUCUGGGGGAGCAGCUUCUUCCGAGAGCGACACGAAAUGUUUCUUGAAAUGGAUGGUUUCGAUCACGCUGCCAUCGCAUCCCAAGAUUUCGGAGCAAUAUGGGCAGUAAGAAAUUCUAUCGCUACUGUAUCAUGGGCUAUCUUCGAAAUAUAUCGGGAUCCUGAGCUGCUUGCUAGUGUAAGGGCUGAGGUUGAUACCUGUGCGACCAGAAGUGCGGAUGGCCGCAUCCAGUUUAAUAUAGACCAAUUGCUUCGUUUGCCAGUCCUCCAAGCUGUAUAUGCCGAGACAUUGAGACUUAGGAUGCACUUCUACAUCAUUAAGAUGCCUGAUAGGGUUGAUAUGAACAUCCGAGACUGGAUUAUACCGAGGCGAAAGGUAAUUGUAACGUCGACGACAGUUGCGCAUAUGGAUUCCAAAGCGUGGAACACUGGCUUUAAUAACGAGCACCCCGUCAACGAGUUCUGGGCUGGACGAUUCCUCAAGUAUCCAUCUGGAAAUAAUCCCUGCAACGCUCAGGCGCACGGUUCCACCCAUGGAUUCCCUACGGAGGCGGACCAGGACAGUGUCCUGGACGACAUUUUGCGAAACGUCAGAUAUUACUGA